AUGGUCAAAGAUAAGAACACCGUUAUCGAGGAAUUCAACGACCUGGUCAACAUGACCCCAAACGAACUCCGCAACUGGCUCAAAGAAGAACAGUCGCAGUCUUCCGGGUGGAGUGGUGAAUCUGGAGAGACAAUUGGGCAUGAAAGGUCUCAUCUACUCACACCCCUCUUACAAUCUUUGUAUGAAAAACUAACAAAGCACAGCGGUCGCAAGAUCGUCGAUAUCCUCGAACACAACCCAUCCAAGGAUCCAGAGGGAUACUCGGACCAGGACAUCGACCACAUGCGACGGGUAGUGUCGUAUUGUAAGCGGCAUUUGGCACAAGAGGAGAAAGCCAAGCAGGAUCCCAACAGUAAGAGCCACCGGUCGUUGAAGAACUGGGGACACGAUCCCUUCAAGUCAUGA